AUGGGCGCCGAAGCAUUUGGCAAUGUAGUAGGUGCCUUGAAGAGCAGCAAGAAGCAGGGGCAGCUGCGGCAGCAGGAGGCCAGCAAGCUUGACGGGCCGAGCCUCGCAGAGCAGCAAGCAGGCGCAGCGCUGAAGCGGGAACAGGCGCUGGCCUUGAUCCGCGAAGACUUCAUCCAGAAUUACUUCGUCACCGGCCAGGGUGCACUGGCGGCAUACGACCCGGACUGCCUCUUUGCCGACCCCUUUGCCUCCUUCAACGGCACCGCCCGCUUCAAGCGCAAUGUCAGCAACCUGGGCGGCCUCCUGACGGACAUUGACCUGACGCUCACGGACUGGCAAGAGGGGGAGGAUGAGCUGCGCACCAAGUGGCGCUUCAGCGCCACGCUGAGCGGCCUGCCAUGGAAGCCGCUGCUGGCUGCGGCGGGCGGCACCACCUUUGCCACAGGGCGUGUGUGCAAGCACAUCGAGUCCUGGGACAUUGAGCCCGCGCGGGUUCUGCGCCAGCUGCUCAAGCCGUCUGCCAAAGUGCCGGCCACGCAGGCCGAAGUCCUGAUGAGCGGCGUGUACGAUGGGGACAUCACAGGCAUCUGGUAUGCCGUCAGCUCCAAGGUGGUGGCCGUGGCCGGCCCCGCCUCGGCCCUGCUGGCGAUGCUGCACCUGGCGCGCGGCGAGGGGGCGGGGUGGCUGGAGGGCGGCAUGUACCUGGCCUUCCUGGCCGCCGUGGUCACAGAGCUGGGCAAGAUCAUCGGCAACGUGACAGGCGGCGGCGGCUGA